CGGCAACUGCGGAGAAUUGGAGAAUUGGAGAAGUCUAUCAUUUUAACAUUUUCACAUCGUAGAGCAAAUCGUAAGUUCAAGCAAUUUGUGCAAAUAUUUUCUGUUUUGUCCAGUUCGUAUUGAUUUCACGCUUUUUAACAGCAUUGCAUAAGCCGUUUUGAUCGUGGUGAGAAGUUUGAACCAUAAUCUGUGAAACAGCGGUGAUUUUUCAUCUCUAUCCUAAAAUCGGUAAAAAAUAUAUCGUGCAGUAGUGAUUGCAGAACAGGAUCGCCUGGACUGGCGCUAGCGUUUUAUAUGACUUUAGAAAGAAUUCAAGAAACACCAGCACUCAAAGGAGCACCGCUCUCUCCCUUCUUAAGGAGUUUAGGUGGUACGUCGUGCAUGAUUUCUCAACAGCGUAGUAUAAGUCGCAGGACUUCUAAAUAUUCCAGCAACAGACAUCGGAAACUGCAACCAUUUAGAGAAACGUGAACUACUUCCCGCUAAGAUAACAUUCUUGUUUAUCGAGAAAAUCCAACGACAGAUUAGAGAUCCAUUCAUGUCAGCAGUAUAUUAUUAGGAGAGAUUCUUGAGAACACUGAAGUAAGCAUUAAUACGCACCUAAUACAAUUAUUGUUUCCGAGGAGUGCUGUUCAUCUAUUAGAGCUUUAACAUCGCGCCGAACCGUUUGCGAAAAGCAAAUUGAUCGUAAUUGUGUGUUAGCAGAAAGAAUACACGCCAACAAUAUACAAAUGCUUCUGAUAUCGUCCACAACAUCUCUAAUCGAAGACGGACCCAACAGCAAAACCAUUGUUUGCCAUAGCAAUAGUGAUUAUAAACCGGGGGAGUACAUUCGUUGGGAAGAAGUGCAAAACUUCCAUUUGAUGAAGUUGACCCAAGUAAAACUCACUAGAUUGUAAAUUGAGCGACAAAUUGCGAUACAGCGUGAAGCACAAGGACUGAUUGAAUAUAUAAAUUCCAACAUUCUCGUUGAUCUUGCUGAAAUUGAAUAACAACUGGAAAUUUACUGGCACUUGAACCAGAACAAUAUCAAAAUACAGGAGGAUUGAGGCCGUAUAAAUUGAAUUGUGUUUAUUUUAGUUGUAUCGUUGAAUAGCAUUCCAAUUAUCAUCAUGGGUACAGUCAAUGUUAACCGGAAUGUUACAGAUGUAUUCUACCGUUACAAAAUGCCUCGCAUUAAUGCGAAAGUUGAAGGCAAAGGUAAUGGUAUAAAAACUGUCAUCGUAAACAUGGCCGAUGUGGCUCGUGCUAUCGGACGUCCGGCUACAUAUCCAACCAAAUACUUUGGAUGUGAAUUGGGAGCACAAACGCAGUUUGAUUACAAGAAUGAGCGCUUCAUUGUCAAUGGUUCUCACGAUGCAAAUAAGCUGCAAGACUUGCUGGAUGGAUUUAUCCGUAAAUUUGUGUUAUGCCCAGAAUGUGACAAUCCUGAAACUGAACUAAUUGUGUCCUCGAAAAAAGGUACCAUUUCACAGGGUUGUAAAGCAUGUGGUUUCCACGGACCACUCGAGGUGAAUCACAAGGUAAACACAUUUAUCAUAAAGAAUCCUCCGAACGUUAAUCCCGCGAGCCAGGGAGCUUCACUUACCGAAGGAAAGCGUAGUAAACGUUCCAAGAAAUCGGGAGAGAAUGGCGAUGACUCGACUGUAAAUGAUGGUGAAACAGUGAAUACAUCCGAUGAAAUACAUGAUUCCCAUACUCCAAACGAAAACGGGGAUGAUGAUGUUAAUUGGACCGUGGAUACUUCUGAAGAAGCCGUUCGAGCUCGUAUGCAAGAUUUAACUGAUGGGGCUAAAAACAUGACAGUUUCCGACGACUUCGAUAAGACCGAGAAAGAACGUUUGGAUAUUUUCUAUGAAUUGGUCAAAAAGAAACGCGACUCGGGGGAGCUAGAGAACGUUCAGACACACAAAGAAUUAGCGACCGAAGCUAGUCGUCUAGAUGUUCAGGCUAAAGCCCCUCUUAUUCUGGCUGAAUUAUUGUUCACUGCUAACAUUGUCCAAGAAGCUCGCAAACAUCGCAAGUUGCUACUGCGUUUCAUGCACGAUGAUACCAAAUCCCAGAAAUACUUCAUUGGUGGCUUAGAACAAAUCGUCUCUCUACAUGCUGAUAAGCUUAUGGAUAAGGUUCCUGGGAUUUUGAAAUUGUUCUACGAUUGUGACAUCCUUGAAGAGAAAGCUAUAUUGGAAUGGUCACAAAAAGUGAGCAAAAAGUAUGUAUCAAAGGAAGUUGCUACACAGAUUCAUGAAAAAGCCAAUCCUUUCAUCAAAUGGUUGCAAGAAGCGGAAGAAGAAGAAUCAUCGGAGGAAGAAGAUGAUUCUGACGUUGAGAUUGAAUAUGACGAUCGUGCCAAAACGGAUUCACUACGCAAGGAACCCACUAAGCCGGAAGCGAAGAAAUCUAUCAAGCCUGUCGAGGAAGAGGAAGAUGGAGAUGAUCUCAACAUUGACGACAUCUAAAAGUAUAUUUAUCCUUCGGCAAAUUCUUAACUAAACAAUGCGUCAGCUGGCACUUUUUGGAUCUGGAAUCUUUUGUGAUAAAUCAUCUUACUGAAAUAUAUAUUACCUGCAACACGGAUAAAAAUGAAUACCAAUACAUUUUUUUUGCUGUUGACGUUUAUCGAUAUGUAUUCGAUGGAAGUUAAUAUUAACUCAUAAAUUUAAAAAAGAUUAAAUCGAAAAUGUAAGCGAUACUAUAUAUAAAAAUUGAAUGAGUCAAUUGGUUCUCUCAUAUGUUAUUCACACAAGAACAUUACAUACAGUGGAAUGGCAUGAAAGAAUAUAUUCACAUUUUCUGAUGUAUUGCUUUUAUUUCAAUUAUCUUUUUAUCCAUGAUCUAUUUCAAAAAUUUCACAAAAGUACAUUGAACUUGUGUUAAAUAUCAACAGGUGAUUCAAAAAUAAUCAAAGUUCGUUUUGGCCAUGUUGGAUAAAUUAGCAGCAAAACAAUAAACUUGAGCAAAUAAACAAAUGAAACAAAUAA